UAUCUCAGACGGGGAGAUGAGUUUAGUCCAAGUGCUCCAUGACAUGGGGACACAAUAAAGUCCACAGUAAAAACAAUGUAGCGCAGUUUGAUGAAAUCCCCAGAAGUAUUUUGUGAGGCUUUUAAAAAGCAACAUAAGACAAAGAAUCCUCCUCGUCAUCGUGAGUUAACUAACAUAUAUUUGUAAACACCGGUGCAGUGGCCUCUUAAUAGUAAAUAUAUAAAUGUCGUCCUUGUUUUGCUUUGAGGGCUCUGUGAUAGAGCUCUGCCUCAAAGUCUGCUCUCGGAGUUUUACUUUGAAAGUCCCACCCGGAGGUAGUCCUUUUAACCAGCGCGAGCUUGACGUGAUCCAGACGCACUCUUUCUCAAACGCAAAGUGCGCUGUUGUCUGUCUUGAGGUGGAGCAGGACAAGUAGCACUCGCACGGAGGAGACCGACGGCUCCUGCACGUGCCCGGUCUGUGGGCUUUCAUCCAGCCGCUCCUCCACCUGCACUGGCAUGACCACUGCGCAUCCAGUUUUGGGUGUGAUCUCGCGCGUGUGCGCCAGGCUUGGUCUUGUUUUCCCCAUCCAAGCUGAGUGGAGACGCGGAUGACUUUAAUUUAAUUACAUUUUUAUUGUGUUAUUAUUGUAUCGCCACCACUCCUCCUGCUGACGUGUUCUGGACGUUUCCUCAGCGGGUUGUCUGUCCAGAACAGAUGUUCCGGAGACGCACACACGCACAGACACACCGCUGCGGAUGUCCAGUGAUCUCUUUGCUGAUGUAGUCCUAGUCAGGGGGCUGAAGUCCUGCUAUUGAAGGCGUGAGCUCCAAAUGCAUUCGCUCCUGAGCCGGGAGAAGAAAGAAGAAGAAGCCGGGUUCGGGAUCGAUCUGGGUCUGUCUCCGGGCUUUCUGCCCCAAGCUGCCACCAUGUUCAGCUGCGUGGGCUGCUUCUGGGUGCUCCUCUCCUCCGCUCUGGUUGCCGUGUGCAGUUUCAGUUUCAUAUCCCCGGCCUGGAUUGUUAAGGACCAGCUGAGGAACAACCAACACCACCAGCACCAGCACAACAACAAGGACUCCGUGAGCUUCGGCUUGCUGUGGCACUGCUCGGAGUCUCUGGAUCACAUGUACCGCUGCUACACCUUCGGAGGAUUGGGCAAAUUCGCAGAGAUCCCCUCCAGCUCCUGGCAGACCAGCGCGGUGCUCUGUUCAGGAGGCUGCGCCCUGCUGGCCGUCAGCUCCCUGUUGGCCAUCAUCACCAUCUUCCUGCCCAGCGGAGGAUGUGAGAGGAGGAUCUGCACCCUGGCUGGAUACAUGCAGAUCGCUUCAGUGUUCAUCAUGGCUGCUGGACUGCUGGUCUACCCCUUCGGCCUCAACUCCUCGCUGGUGCGAUCCUUCUGCGGGGCCUCGGACAUCUACUACGCCGGCGAGUGCCGGAUCGGAUGGGGCUACAUGCUGGCUAUCGUUGGAGUGAUGCUCACCGUCUUCUUGCCCUUUUUUGCCAAAUAUGCGCCGAAGGAGCAGCUGUCCCCCACCCCUCUGCCCACGCUGUUAUAGUGCAUUGAUACAACAACAUCCUUUCCCCCCCCCUUCUGACCAACCCAGGCUUGAUGUCACGGAGAGACCACCUGCAUCUCGUGUUCAAAAGGUGAUGCUGUUUGGGACGCUGUCUUCCUGCAUCUGUUACGUGGCUAUUCCAGAUUCACUUCAUUGAGAUGAAAUGUUUUGUGUUACCAUUUUGCUCCCUGGUUAUAAUUUUGACUUCAGGUCAGUUAUGGAAACGAUGCACACAGAAGAUUUUUUUUUUUUGGAUUUAAGGAAAUGACUACAAAUAAAUGUUUUUUUUUUGUACUUUCUUCUCUCCUUCCUUUCUUUCGUGGGAAACAAAGUCCACAUGUGUAACAUUCCAAAACUGACGAGAGGGGCGGCUGUAUAAAGAGAUUGGAAGUGUGAGAUUAUGUGCCGGUGGGACUCGUCCAAUCAAAUGUUCCAAGAAGAGGUUUUUCACACGACACAGCGAGAAAGACACUUUGUGUUUACCAGAGCUGCUGUUUGAGGUUUCAAAACACCACGUUGAAAAAUAGGGAAAUCUGAUGCGUUGAAAGAUUUUUGCUCCUCAGACUUUUUCUGCCUUCCAGUCUCGCGACCAGGCGUUAAAACCAGUGAGCGUCAAGACGACGUUUUAGCUUUCAAGGACAGUUCAUUUAGUGCGAAGAGGUCAAUGGACAGAGCAUCAGAGCGGCUGACAUCUCUUCCCACAACGGAAUUCUGAAUCACACUCAUUAGUCGGGGUUUCAGAGCGGUGUUGUAAAAAAAAACAAGUGUUAUGUUGGGAUACUGCAUCCUUUUGUUAACCUUUUCCCCAGAACUGUUUCUGUAACGUAACCCGUUUGUUAAUCAUGAAACAAUUGUUUUCUGUCUACAACACACAAUACAAAACACUUUAAUCCAGGAAAAGAAAAAAGGGUUGCAAAAGGCCAGGAGAUAUGGGAACUUUGUCAAAAAUGCAUGAUGAGAUGGGCUUUGUUAAUGGGAGAACAAUUGAUCUAGAUUUUAAAUGUGAUCUGACCAACUUGUGCCUUUUAACAUAACCAAGACAAGUGUUUAAUACGAUUAUCAGGUUAUCAUCUUUUUCUGCUGAAAAACUGUGGAUCCUGUUGUGUGAUGUGUUGAUUUGAUUAUAUUGUCCCCUCUCAGAGGCUGCGUCUUUCUCCUGUACUCGAGCAAUGUUGAGCAAAUCUUCUGGAGGAUAAAAAAAAGAAGAAAAAAAGAUGAUGUCUUCUAAUCCUUGGAGGUAACGGCAGAGAAAGGAGAAAUAAAGCAACUAGUGUUCCCCAAUGCCCAAGACAUCUUUUGCUAAUUAUCUAAAAGAGGUAAAUCACUUGAUUUGUGACAUGCGGCUAACGGAUUAAUUCCUGGCAUCCUUGUGAUUUAAAAAUGUAAUGGUUGAGGAGGGAGCUUGUGGCAGCUGUGUCUGAUUUGGCCUCGGCUGCUGGUGAUUGGCAAUCAGUCAGCAGCCGAGGCCACCCUUAUAAAAGCUCCCACUUGAGAGUGGAGGAGGGAGGUGAGCAGAGGCGCAUGUUUGGCGGUCUGCUUGGUGUGUGUGUGCUGCUGAAUAAAAGCAUGUCUUCAGACGAAACCUCUCUGAGCCUGGCUGGUCCUUGGUGCUGGUGGGGGAAACCCACGGGUAGUGGCAGGAGUCAUGCUACAGUGGAACCCAGUGCCUGAAAGGGAUCCGCCAGGCUCAGAGAGGUUUCGUCUGAAGACAUGCUUUUAUUCAGCAGCACACACACCAAAUCAGACACAGCUGCCACAGAGCUGUACAAAUUAAACUUCGCCUUUGGUUAUCUGUGCUGAGUGGACACAUCAUUUACAUUAUGUGCACAACAUGGUUAAAAAAUAAUUUGCUCCUCAAGUAAGCUAAAGUGUUGCUGGUGUUUUGCGUCGAUCCACUUCUCCUUUUAAGUGCUGGCACCGGUCCGGUCAUGUUCCAAGGACAAGAUGUCUACUUCUCCAUUUACGCUGCCAACUUCAUCAAGCUAGACUCCCUUUUCUCGUGGGUGUCUAUGUGCGUACUCACGUUGAAUAAUGGGUUGCAUUUCGCAAAUGAGUUGAUCUUCUAAUAUUUCCCAAAUGUGGGUUCCCAUAAUGACGUGUCCCGACAUUGAGAAAAUGACUGUGAUUCUGUUGCCAUAUUUGAAAGAAGGUCCGGAGAGACUUGUUGGUAUUGUAUUGGACCUCAUCCUGUGCUUGACUGUGGGGAUGACUGGCGUGACUGCACUGGACUCAUCUCCCCUGUGUGUUGACCCAUCGUGUGUAAAGUCUCAGCACUGGUGAAACUGUUUUGGUAGAGUAGAAUUGUUGUUUUUUCCAUUUUGAUGUUUGACUGUAAAUAAAAUAACUGUACUUGGUAUCACAUGUUAUUCCUAACUGCCCUUUUUUCAAAGAUAUUUUG